CAGGAGGAUUUAAUUUUCGUCGACAUGGGGGUCCACGACAACGCAGAUUCGAAAUAUAUUGUUAUGGGUAAUUCGAGUUUCUCGAAAUUGGCACCGAAACGUCCUACCACCGUUGUAUUUAACGAAAGUUCGAGCAAAAUCCAGAAAUUCGAGGAUAAUCAACAAAACGUUCAAGCAGAAAACGUGGAUAAAGGAAAUAUCAGUUUACAACAACAAAGGAAGUCUUUACCGGUCUAUAAGCUUCGUAAGCGGCUACUCGAAGAGAUUCGCAGAAACAGCACUCUAAUCGUCAUUGGCGAAACGGGAAGCGGCAAGACCACGCAAAUUCCCCAAUUGCUGCUCUCGUCUGGUAUUGCAGGCACUAUCGGUUGCAUCGGUAUCACUCAACCUCGAAGAGUAGCCGCGGUGAGCGUGGCUCGCAGAGUUGCACAGGAGCAAGGAGUAGAACCGGGCAAAUUGGUCGGUUAUUGCGUACGUUUCGAGGACGUGACUUCGUCGCAAACGAGAAUCAAGUAUCUGACCGACGGAAUGAUGGUUCGCGAGGCGAUGACCGACGAGAUUUUAUCGGAUUAUUCAGUGGUGAUCCUGGACGAGGCUCACGAACGUUCGGUGCAAACCGACGUGUUGCUCGGCGUGGCGAGAAGGGCACAAAAUUUACGAAAGCUUAAGAACCUGCCGCCGCUGAAGUUGCUCGUAAUGUCAGCUACGAUGGACGUCGAUAAGUUCAGCAAGUAUUUCCAAGCACCGGCAGUGUACUUAGAGGGUCGUCAGCAUCCGGUGAAGAUUUAUCACGCCGUCAAGUCGCAGGAGGAUUACACGUUCUCUGCCCUUGUUACAGCUUUCCAGAUUCAUCGCGACAAUCCUGCUAACGAGGAUAUUCUGGUUUUUCUAACCGGGCAAGAAGAAAUAGAGGCUGCGGCUGCGAGCGCGAGACAAGUAGCUAAACAAUUGGAUGGACAGGGUUAUCCAUCGUUGAAGGUGUUUCCACUGUACUCGGCUUUGCCGACGCAUCAACAAUUGGAAGCCUUCAAACCAUCCGCUUCUGGAAUGAGAAAACUGAUUUUGUCCACCAACGUGGCUGAAACUUCCGUUACCAUCGGCGGAAUUCGACACGUGAUCGACACCGGAGUGGUGAAAGCGAGAACUCAUCACCCGACCACCGGAUUGGAUGUGCUCAGGGUGGAAAAAGUGUCAAAGGCACAGGCCUGGCAGAGGACCGGCCGAGCUGGCCGGGAAGCGGCCGGCAAAUGUUACAGAAACUACACCAAGGAGGAAUUCGAGAGGAUGAAGGAGAUGCCCGUGCCAGAGAUACAAAGGUGUUCCCUCGCGGGAGUAGCCCUGCAGCUGCUUGCUAUCGGGGUUGACAUCACCACCUUUGAUUUUAUGGACAAACCACCGAAGGAGGCCGUUGACGUUGCGGUGACCUGUCUGGAAAAAUUGGGCGCCGUUAAGGGUUCUCCGCCACAGCUGACUACCCUUGGAAGAACAAUGUCCUUGUUUCCGUUGGAUCCACGGUUCACUAAGGUGAUUCUUGCAUCCGCCGAGCAUCAAUGUCUCGAAGAAGCCCUCACCGUUGUCGCUCUAUUGUCAGGAGAGUCUGUUUUCACCGAUCCACCUGCGAAAAGACAGCAAGCUUACGUCGCUAGAUCAAGAUUCGUCUCUCCCGAGGGAGACCACGUCACGUUGCUGAACGUUUUUCGCGCGUACACCAAUACCAAGCAGAAGAAGGUCUGGUGUCACGAGAACUUUCUGCAUCACAGGAAUCUAGAAUACGCCGCGGAGGUGCGACAGCAACUCGCCACAUUGGCGGAUCGUGCGAAUUUGGAGAAGGCCAGCUGCGGGACGAAUACCGAGCAACUCAGGAAAGCGCUCCUCGAGGGUCUCUACGAUAAUCUCGCUGAAUUGCAGAGGGAUCAGACUUACAUCACCGUGAGCUCGAAGCAGCCAGUCGCCAUACAUCCUUCCUCGACGUUGCACGGCAGCAAGCCACCGUUAAUAUUGUUCACGGAGGUUGUAGCCACCGGAAGAUGUUACCUCCGCGGUUUGUCCGUCAUCGACUGCUCGUGGUUGACCGAAAAAGUCACCGGUGUCGGAAAACACGAUUAAACGGAACGCCCGUCGUUUCUCUCGUGAAAAAACCUCGCGAGCUUCGUUACAAGCGUUCCCGUUUUUGUCCCGGAUCCUUGUAAUCGGCAGGAAUCGACGCAACUCGUUUUUGUACUAUGUACAGUUCUUUAAUAAAGACGAUCAUCGUCUUGUCGGAGAUGACACGUGGAUACGUAAAUAA